AUGGUUUUCUCAGCACUUCUCGGGCAGUCUGCCGAUCGCAGCACUCGCCCACCCUCAAGCCGACCCAAGCCCUCGCCCGCGACAAGCCACACUUCUGUCAUGACCGCCUCCUCCGACGGACACGGGAGACACGGGAGUACCGGGACGAUUACAUCUGUUUCGACCGGCCCGCUCGAAUAUAUAUCUGAUGAGGCUCAGCUCCGACCGUUGCCGCCCGAUGCUCCCGACCUCCGCGAGCUCAACAACAGUCUGGAGGCGCUUGCGGCCGUCUUUCCCGAUGUGCAGAUCGAUGUUUUCCGCGAGAUGCUUUCCAGCUUCGAAGGCGAAUCACGGCUCGCAUUAGUAGCGGAUGCGCUGCUGAAGAAUCGGGUCACCUGGGUCAAGGGGCGGUGGAAGGCUAUCGACAAGGAGAAAAGGGGCUCGUCCCUCAAGGACACUCCACCUGCACUUCCCGUGCAACGUGCCCACAGCGCGUCACUGAUCCCGAGAAACGAAGUUUUUCGGAGCGCGGCCUACAAGAAAGCCGCCAAGACGCUGGCCUGGCAUGAGUUCAAAGGCCUUUCCAAGUCUACAAUCAAUGCCGUCCUGGCGGAACAGAACUACUCGUAUCUGGAAGCCAGAAGGGAGCUCGUGGCUCUCUCUUCAAAGUCCUGGCGUUUCACGAUAUCUUCCCUAUUCUUGCGCCGCAAGCCGGUUACGGUCGGUGAGGCCGAGAACCACCCCCUGAUCAUCUGGAGAUCGUCUGGCCGUGGAUCCAUCAUCCCCAGCAUCAAGUCUACUGGCAACGAGGAGUUGGACCAAGAGUUAUUCAACGAAUUGAUCUCACCGCUUAAAACCAAUGCCCGGAGGAAACAAGAAGAAAGCGACCGCACGGUUGCUCUUGAGCUUAACACGGAGGAGGCCGAGAAGUGCGAUGCCACUUACGAGUGCGCUUGCUGCUUCACAACGGCAACUUUUGAGGAGUUCACCACAUGCAAUGUGGAGGGGCACAUGAUCUGCUUUCGCUGCGUCCAACACUCUAUAACCGAGGCUGUUUUCGGACAGGGCUGGCAUCGGAGUAUAGAGAAGGAGACCGGCACGCUGAGAUGCCCCGCCGUCGACUCGAUCGAGUGCGACGGUUGUGUGUCCUCAGAUCAGCUCCACCGUGCUAUGCUGGAAGAACAGAAGGGCGCCGAGAUCAUGCACAAACUUGAGCAAAGGCUGGCCGAACACAGUCUCCUCUCCUCCCAGCUACCACUCGUCCGGUGCCCCUUUUGCGAAUACGCAGAAGUCGAUGACAUCUACCUUCCACCCCAGGAGUCCCAACUGCGUGUCAAGGCGGAUAGCGUCUAUUCCCUGAUUCUGCUCUUCUUGAUGAUUGCCAUGUCUCCUUUCCUUCUCCCGGUCGUCCUCGUGUCGUCCUUCCUGGCGCUGCUCAUCAGUUCCAAGAGGACCACGUUUGGGGACUACGUCAUCAAUGCCUUCUCGGCCGCCCUGACCAGGUACCGUCGGCGCCGAAGGGGCUCCAAGUUCACUUGCCAGAACCCCUCGUGCGGGCGCGUCUCUUGUCUGAGCUGCUCCAAGGAGUGGGCCGACAUCCACGUCUGCCACGAGUCCUCCCUCGUCGCCCUGCGCACGCAGGUCGAGCAGGCCAUGAGCAUGGCCAUCAAGCGCGUCUGCCCCCGCUGCAACACGUCGUUCGUCAAGAACGCCGGCUGCAACAAGCUCACCUGCCCCUGCGGCUACAAGAUGUGCUACGUCUGCCGCAAGGACAUUGGCGGCUCCGACGGCGGCGAGGACGUCGGGUACCGCCACUUCUGCGAGCACUUCCGGCCCGAGGGCGACCCGCGCCAGUGCCGCGAGUGCAACAAGUGCAACCUCUGGGAGUCGGAGAACACCGAGGCCGUGCUGGCGGCGGCCAAGCGCGAGGCCGAGAGGAAGUGGAAGGAGAUGGAGCAGCGCGAGCUCUCCGGGUCGGAGCGCGCCUUCCUCGAGACCGGCGUCGCGGCCAAGAAGGGGCCCGGCGGUGGCGAGCAGGGCUUCGAGGGCGCCAUCUUCCGCGGCAGGAUACCUACCGUCGCAGAGCUGUGCGACCUGGUCAUUGAGACCGUGUUUGUAUGA